UAUGAUCGGGGGUUUAGAGCGUAGGGUUUAAGAAGUCAGAAACUCCUACAGCAUCACUAGCUUACUUCUCCAAAUACUCGAAGAGCUCAUUCCAAUGGCGAUUUCAUUUCUUCUUCGAAGAACUUCACCCAGACACCUCUUUCAACCUCCCCUCCGUUCUUCUUCUUCUUCUUCUUCUUCUUCUCCACUUGUCCGAAACCUCUGUUCCCUUCUUUUCCGUGAUUCCACUUCAUGUAAUCGUCCAAAUUCUUGCCCUUCAUACACCAGAAGUUUUGUCUCUAUUCCUGAAGGUGGUUCCUCUGCUCUCGGUUCUGAUACUCGCGUUCCUGCCACUGUGAUCACUGGCUUUCUCGGUGCUGGAAAGACGACCCUCCUCAAUCAUAUUCUGACAUCUCAACAUGGCAAGCGAAUUGCGGUAAUCGAAAAUGAGUUUGGUGAGGUGGAUAUUGAUGGAUCUUUGGUUGCCAGUCACUCUUCUGUAGCUGAAGAAAUUGUUAUGGUUAAUAAUGGAUGCCUUUGCUGCACCGUGCGAGGUGAUCUGGUUAAAAUGCUCUUGGAGUUGGUCAAGAAAAAACGAGACAAGUUUGAUCAUAUUGUUAUUGAAACCACAGGCCUUGCUAAGCCAGGUCCAGUUAUAGAAACAUUUUGUACAGAUGAACUAGUUUCACGUUAUGUCAAACUCGAUGGUGUUGUAACUUUAGUAGACUCCAAACAUGCCAUGCAACACUUGAAUGAAGUGAAACCAAGAUUUGUGGUGAACGAGGCUGUAGAACAAGUUGCAUAUGCUGAUAGGAUUAUAAUGAACAAGAUUGAUCUUGUAAGUCCAGAAGAAUUGAAGCAACUGACACAGAAGAUUAAGCGAAUUAAUGCAAUGGCCCAAGUUAAGUUGACUAAGUUUGGAUCUGUUGACAUCGACUUUGUAUUAGGAGUGGGUGGAUAUGAUCUGGACAGAAUUGAUUCUCAAGUUGAAGCCAACACUUGUUCUGGAGACCACAAACAUGAAGCUCAACAUGAGCACCAUAAGGGACACGAUCAUCUUCAUCAUCAUCAUCACGACCACGUUCACGAUUCUGCUGUGUCUAGUGUCAGCAUUGUUUCGGAGGGAUUACUUGACCUUGAUGAGGUUGACGAUUGGCUCGAGCGAUUGAUCGAAGAGAAAGGAGAUGACUUGUAUAGAAUGAAAGGGGUGUUGAGUGUAAAUGGUUAUGACCAACGUUACGUCUUUCAGGGAGUGCAUUCUAUCUUGGAUGGGUGCCCAGGCAAAGCAUGGGGCUCUGAUGAACAGAGGAUUAACAAGUUGGUUUUCAUAGGAAAGAAUUUGGACGAAACUGCCCUUAGAAAAGGUUUUAAAGGUUGUUUAAUUUGAGAUAAAUUUGGUACACCAUCAGUUCCCAAUUUGGUAAUUUAGAGGCCCUUUUUUAAGAACAGUUGGGAGGUCUUAAUGUCAUUAUAAUUCUUAUAUGUACACUCUUUGUGUGCAUUUUCCACGCUAAUUGAGCUAUUUUUUCCUUUUAGAA